GGUCCGUGUCGAGGCCCGAAAGUGGGACCAUCCAAUUCUGAAUUCACACUCUGUUCGCUUCCAAGUACAUAACAUACCGUGUCGAGCUUGUUCUUUGCUCCUGCGACCCACCAUGGUCUCACAAAGGACCACUGGCAGGUCACUAACUGCUAGGACAAGUCUUGCGAUCGUGGCUCUCGCGCUCGGACCACUUCUCGCCAGCGCCCAGUCCUGCUCCAACUACGGUUUCCAAGACCCGUCCAACUCCUCUGCCUGUCUCUGUCCCCCGGGCUUCGGUGGUGCGACCUGUGCUCAAUCAGCCUGCGGUGGUACCAUCUUUGAUGGAUCUUCGCGCUCGCUUGCUCCAGCGUCUAAUGGCGGAUUCUCGAACCUCACCGCGUCGGAUUGCUCGUGUGUGGAUGGAUGGACAGGCGAGGGCUGCAAUGUGUGCACGAGCGCGAAUGCGUGCUCGAGUGGGUCUUCCAAGAUUGGAGGUAGCUCGAGUUCGAGCAGCGAUGGGAUGAGCGGUGUAGGACUGAACGAGACGAUGGUGUGCAGCAGUUCGCCACAGGUGUAUGCUGCUGGGGAGCUGAGCUGCGAUGUCAAUAAUCCCACACUGCAAGCAAUAUACCCCCUCCAAUCUACACUGAACAUCCUGCGGACCCUCAACGCCUCCCUGUCCCCUGUCUCCAACGCAUCCGGUACAACCCUCAACCCCCAAGGCGGCUCCUCCACUUCCUCGGUCUUCGCCCAGCUCUUCUACGCCGGCGUCGAGCAGUUUUACUGCUCCGCCUCCCCCUGCACCCAAUCCCAAUCCCAAUCCUCUUCCUCUUCUUCAUCAGAUAGCUCGUCAACCAACACAUGGACAUGCCAAAACCUGCAAUGCACCUGUAUCACCAACACCUCUUUCUGCGGCGCAGUGCCCAUCACGAACCUUACGUCGACGAUCAACGACCUCGGCGGCACACUCACGAUCGAGUGCGGCACCGACGGCACGUGCUACUUCAAGCAGAGUGUGCUGCAGAACCUUUUUGGUGCGAACGGGCUCAGCAUGCAGAACUGCAAAUACGGAGAGUGCGUCACGCAGGACGUCAUAGACACGAGCAGCAGUAGCGACUCCAGCAGUGGAGGGGGUGGCGGGCGGCAGCUGGGCGGGGGUGUUAUUGCCGGUUUGGCGGUUGUCGCUGGGUUGGUUGCGCUCGGGCUCGCGGGGAUCGCUUGGGGGUGGAUCGUCCAGCGCAAAGCGAGGAAAGUGGGCGCAGGCGAGGAGACGGAGAGGUCAGGGAACAUCGCGGUGAGCUGGCGCGAUGUGUCGUAUUUCGUACAGCCCGUUGGCGGGCCUGCGUUCGCGGGCCUGCGGAGGAGGCGUACGCGUGCGAUGGGCGAUGGCGGAAACGAGCGGACGAUCCUGGACAACGUCAGCGGCUCGGUCGAGCCUGGGCAGAUGAUGGCCAUCCUUGGGCCUAGCGGCGCCGGCAAAACCACCCUCGUCGAGCUCCUCGCUGGCAAACACAAAUCCGGCGUCUCCUCAGGCACGAUCGCAUUCCCUUCCCACACCCCCGGCACUGCUGGAGAAUCCGACGGCGCCCCACACAUCGCAUUCGUCCCGCAACACGACACCCUCCCUCCCAUGCUCACCGUGCGCGAAGCGCUCGCCUUCGCUGCCGCGCUGCGCCUGCCCGAGUCGCUCCCGGGUGCGCAAAAACGCGCGCUGGUCGAGGGCGUCAUCGAACGCCUUGGCCUCGGCGCCGUCGCUGACACGCGCAUCGGCACGACGUCUGGUUCGGGCGGGGGCGGCGGGGCGGGGCGCGGGAUAUCGGGCGGCGAGGCGCGGAGGGUGUCGAUCGGGCUGGAGCUCGUCGGGUGCCCGGAUGUGUUGGUGCUCGACGAGCCGACGAGCGGGCUGGACUCGGUGAGCGCGAUGCGCGUCGUGAGCGUGUUGAAGGGCGUCGCGGGGGACGAGAGGAAUCCGGUGGCGGUUGUGUGUAGUUUGCAUCAGCCUAGCUCGCAGCUCUACCAGAAGUUCGACCAGAUCAUGCUCCUCGCGCACGGCCGCGCGCUCUACGCCGGCCGCGGCGCGUUUGCGCCCCUCCGGCACUUUGCGCAUGUGCGCGAGACGCAGGGUGUGCCCGUGCAGCCGUACCAGGAGGGGUACAACGUCGCGGACUAUCUGCUCGAGAUCGCGUCGGAUCCACCGGUCGGGCUCUUUGGCGCUGCUGCCACUACCACCGACAUCAACGCCACCGGCAACUCCAGCCCUAGCGUGGGUAACGGGAAUAGGAGCUCGGGCUCGCUCUGCGGUGUAAAGGGCGAGAAGGGGGAGGAUGGGAAGGGGACGGACGAGAAGGCGGAUGGAGAUAUCGAGGCGGGGGUGUCGCCCGCGGGCGUGCGCAAGAGGGUGAGGAGGAGGAGGGGCAAGUAUGCGGCGACGUUUUUGACGCAGCUUGAGGUGCUGUGUGGGCGGGAGUGGAAGAUCCUGCGCAGGGACAAGACGUUGUUUUUGACGCAUGUCCUCGUCGCUGCUGUGUUGGGUGUUUUCUGCGGCGGGCUGUACUACCAAACCGGCAUCACGAUUGCGGGGUUCCAGUCUCGCGUUGGAUGUCUGUUUUUCCUCGGCGCACUCGUCGCGUUUUCGUCCCUCAGCGCGCUGUACAACAUCGUCGAGAUCCGCCCGCUCUUCCUGCGCGAGCGCUCGAACUCGUACUACAGCCCGACCGCGUGGCUGCUCUCUCGUUUCCUGUUCGAUGUCGUCCCGCUGCGGAUUAUCCCGACGAUCAUCGUGUCUGCUGUAACUUACUGGAUGGCCGGCCUUGCGCACGAUGCGGCGCAUUUCUUCAAGUUCCUUUUCAUUCUCGUAUUGUAUACGCUCGUCAUGACGCUUUUUAACUUCCUGCUCGGCACUCUCUUCUACAACGGCGGCAUUGCCAUCCUGAUCUCGGCGCUCUCCGCGCUGUACCAGAUGACGUAUGCGGGAUUCUUUGUCCACCUCACGUCGAUUCCGCCCGUGCUGCGGUGGCUGCAGUGGCUCUGUCCGCUCAAGUAUACCCUCGAGGCGCUGUCGGUGAACGAGGUGGGCUCGGGGCUGAUGAUCCAGGAUACGCUGCAGGGUGUGCCGGUGGAUGUGUCUGCGACGCUGAUUAUGGAGCUGUUGUUCGGAUUUGGCGUGAACAACUACUACCGCGAUGUGCUUGUACUGUUUGCGUUCAUCGUUGGGUUCGCGAUUGGAGUCGUUGGUGUGGUUUGGCUCAAGGUCAGGGAGCGGCGGUAGUUUUUUGGUCUCGUGGAUUUUUUGUGUGUAUUUCAGAUCAUCUUAUUCAUCUUACCC